CCCCCUCUGGGCCCCGCGCGCCGCCAGGCCCCGCCCCCUCCGCUCGGCAAGAUGGCGGCGCCCUUAGCGCAGCAGCUGGAGGAGCUGCUCAAUCCCCGGCCCGACCUGCGAGACCCCGAGGAUGACGCGGAGGAAGCCACAGUUGCUAAAGUGAUCGACAGGUUUGAGGAUGAUGCUGCAGAUGAAGUUUUACCUGUUGGUAAGAUACGGAGAAACGCUUCGGCCGCCCUCUUAGAAGCUGAUAAAAGGUACAGUGGGAAAGCGACAUCUCGGAAAGCCUUGAGGGAAGAGCUGUGGGGAGAUGCGCUGUCUGAAGAAGGAUCUGCUGCAGAAGCCUUAGAUGAGUGGUACAGCGGCAGUGAAGAUUCAGAAGACAAUGGCAGUUUGGGCAGUAAAACAGAGGAGCAACCCAGCAGUGCUGGCAGUGAGCAGGAGGAUAACCUGGAAGAUGAUGGGAGGGAUUCCUCUGCCAAAGCACCAAAGUUCAGUUUCCAGAAUGUCACAGACUUUGAGAAAUUUGCAGAGGGGAUGGAUGAUGUUGGGAGCAGUGAUGGAGAAGAUGAAGAUGAUGCCAGCAUGGAAGAAGGAAGCGAUGAUGAGAAAUACGAGGGGGAAAACCAUGACCACGUAAAAGACGCCACUGACAAUGAGGAUGAUGGGGGGGUGAUGACAUUCUCCAAAGGACAAGCGAGCGAUGAAGUGGAAAAAGGAAAAGCGGUGAAGAAUCAGCUGGCACUGUGGGAUCACAUCUUGGAAGGCAGAAUCAAGAUGCAGAAGGCACUUGUAAUAGCCAACCGGCUUCCUCAGCCAGAUACUUUCCCCCUCUUCAGAAAGGAAGGUGGACAGGAAUUCGACAAUGCUGUGGAGAGCUGUUGUAAAGCCAUAGACACAUUGCUGAGAGUACUAGUGGACAUUCAGGAUGAGCUGCUUUAUCAGUGCCCAGGCACGAGGCACCUGGUAGAUGGAAAACAAUCAAAACCUGAGAGUGAUGAUGAAAUCCCCAGCAGCAGCGAUGAAGAGCGAGCGAGUGAAGCUCGGGAGAAGAGGAAGCGGCCUCCAAAACGAAAGCUGAAGGCAGAGGACAUCCCAGAGUUCAUAGCCAAGAGAUAUGCAGACUAUAGGACGUACCGGAACAACAUCUUGCAGAAAUGGCAUGAGAAGACAAAGCUGGCAUCUGGCAAAAUGGGCAAGGGUUUCGGUGCCUUUGAGCGUUCAAUCUUGACUCAGAUUGAUCAUAUUUUGAUGGACAAAGAGAGAUUACUCCGGCGGACACAGACCAAGCGAUCAGUGUAUAAAGUGCUGGGGAAGAAGGAGCAGGAUUCCCAUCCCAUCCCUGAAUAUUUGCCUGAGAAUUCGGAUGUACCCCCUCAGACAGAUUCCAACAGGCACCUGAAGGACAUAGAUGAGGAAAUAUUUGAUGAUGAUGACUUUUAUCACCAGCUCCUUCGAGAACUGAUAGAACGUAAAACCACUUCAUUGGACCCCAAUGAUCAAGUCGCCAUGGGCAGACAGUGGCUGGCCAUCCAGAAGCUACGAAGCAAAAUAAAGAAGAAAGUGGACAGAAAAGCCAGUAAAGGAAGGAAAAUCCGGUAUCAUGUCCAUAGCAAGCUGGUGAGCUUCAUGGCACCUAUUGACCACUGUACGAUGAAUGAUGAUGCCAGGACGGAGCUUUACCGUUCGCUGUUUGGAAGAAUGGCACGUUCUGAAGACUCUGGACGUGGUUAGCAGCAUCCCGAUGCCAUCUGCACCUGCAGGAUCUGCCCCAUACACCUUUAGCUUCCCGGCCUGCUCAGCACAGGCCAAGCAUUGUGCAGGACAUGCUGUCACUGCACUCCUGUUAAACCCUCGGAGAUUUGUACUUUGGAGGUGGGUGGGAUUUUUAUUGUAUUUUCUUGUUAUCUUUCUGACUCGUGCUGUUGCGUUGGUUGGCUGCAGAUCUGGGUGGGGUGACUCGAUAUCCACCGAGUCGAGAGGAUUUAAAUGUCAUUUACAUAAUUAACCUGGCCUUAAGACAGAGAAAAGGUGCUCUCCAUUGCAGCAGCCCCAGCUCCCAAUUCACAUUCCGGUUUCUGAACAGCCUCUUUGCAGCCACAAACAAUACCCAGCUUGUGGUGGGCACAGUGUGGGGACACAUCUGGGGGUACCUCUUCAAUUGGAACACGCUGGUGAAUCUGUCAGUGCAGCAUUGAUUGUGUGCGCUUAAUUAUUUCUGCUGAUGGUGACUGAGCCCUCUUGUCUUCGCCGUCACUGUGACACACUUCUGAAAGAUAACAGCCCUAAUGCAGAGCUGCCAGGGGGCAUCACACAGGGUUUGUGGGGAUUCUGCAGCCAAAGGCCACAGUUUGGAAAUGAAACCCCCACAAGGGGAAUCCAUGAUUCUUUGAUUCUGCCUGCUGUGAUCAAUCUGAAACCGAGGUUAUCUUGCAUAAAUAAUGCGUGUGUAUGUGUGUAUAACAAGAUGGCCAUUGCUUGUGACCACAGGAACUGCCCUGUCUUUGUUUUGUGGGGUUUAAUUAAAACACUUUGUAAACGGA